UAGAUGAAGUGAAAUUAGCAGAGGGACUGCGGGAAAAAGUGGAACGCCGGGCGGAUUAUCCGGAAUUUCGAUUUAUGAGUUGCAAAAGUUGAAACGAUUUGACUGAAACUUCUGCUCUUCCACGCCAUUGAACAAGUGUGCUAGUAGUUCAUACAUUACACUGAUUUAGGGUUUUAAACUGAAGAUGGCUAAUGAUGCUACAUCUGGGAGAAAAAAUAAGGAUAAUGAGAGUAAUAACUCAGAGAACAAACUGGUUGGUAAAGGAUCAUCAAGUCGUGGUUCUGGAAAGACAGAUGGAUCCACAAGAAGCUCAGCUCAGGAAACCUCAUCGAAACAAAAGGCUUUAAGCCCUGCAAGUACAAGGAAGUCUGAGCGUCUAGAGAUGCGGACACCAUCUACUCCUCCUGCUAAGAGGAAAUCUGUGAGACUUGAACAACAGAAUAAUCCGACACCUUUAAAAAGGUCUGAGAGGUGCUCUACUACAUCAAGAUCAAGGUACUUAGGGAGAGAAUCCAAUUCGUCUAGUACAAAGGAGGAGAACCAGGAGAAGACUGCGAAGAAGCUGACAACGGAAUUUGAAAAUGUUAGCACUAGCAAGAAAAAUGCUGCAGCAUCUGUUGGCUUAAAAAGGAAGAGACUGGAUGGCAGACCUUACAAGUUAUUAUUCAAAAAGCAAAAGAAAGGAGAUCAUUGUGAAGAUGAUGGUAUUGAUGGGGAGCAUGGUUCUGGAUCUCCAUCUAGUUUGUUGCGUGAGGAAGACCUGGUUGCGCCUGAAGAAAGAGGAAUCCUAUUCAAUGAGCAGAAGAGCCUCCAUAUCCAUCUAAAAGCUGAGAUUGCAAAACUUUUUGGAGUGAUAAAAGUUUCGGAAGUCAUCAAGCAUACUGCAGAAAAAUUUCUGGAAUAUAUUAUGGAGAAUCAUCGUGUUAGUAAGGAACCUGAAACAAUUUUGCAGGCUUUCCAGAUAUCUCUGUCUUGGAUCGCAGCUUCAAUCGCGAAGCAAAAGAUUGACAAAGACAAUAUAUUCUUGCUCGUAAAACAACAGUUACAGUUUAGAUGCACUAAAGAAGAGGCAUACAAUGUCUAUCUGAAGCUGCGUUCCUUAAAGAAGAUAUUUUUGCAGAGAUUGGAUCAGAAUGCUCCAAGAUAUCCUAUAUCAUCAUCUGUUAAAGAAGAGCCAUAUAAGGGAAGCAUGUCGCAAGCAGUAGUAUCUACCCCACUGAACGUGAAAACCGAUAUCAAAGACAGGUUACUAGAUAAACGGUUCAGUGGAGAAGGCAGUGUAAUUCCUGAGGAAAAACUUAUGGACAGUCAAAGGGAAAAGGUCUUUAAGGAGGUUCAGUGCAGACGUGACAGGCAAAUAUCCAUGCUGGGACAAAAGCAACAAGAAAAACUUGAGGAGUUCCAUAGAAUCUGGGAGAAGAAAAAGGAAGAGCUAGAGAAGGAGUACAGAAUGGAGAUAGCUGUUCUUCGCUCUAUACAUGGUCAGACUGCAGCAACUAAGGAUAGACAAAAAGCAUUAGAAACUGAGUUUGCAAGGAAAAUGGAAGAGCACAAAUGCCAAAAGGACAAGCAACUCAAAGAGCUUGAGGCUAAUUUCUCUGCUAUGAGGAAUGAGGAGAUGCAUAAUUCCCAUUAUGCGGUUGAUGAGCUCCAUUUGCUUGGAUCUGAUUCUGGGGACGGCAUGGGGUGCUCCGAGGAAAGUUUAAAUGUCUCUGACAGUAAUCCCAAGACUGUUACCCCUGUAUGUGGACAGCAUGUUGAGUUACAGUGUCCAGACAAUGUUGUCUCUAGCAUGCAUGGCGACGUGACAGCAUCUGAUGCACCUGCAUCUUCUCAAGACGAGUGCCAUGUUCUUCCUGUUCUAUCUACUAAAGUCUUAGAAGCUUCAGUUUCAGAAGAGCAAGCUGAGAUCACCACCACGGGGAGAACAUUGGUUGCUGCAAUUGAGCAGUCCGAUGAAGCAGGUAAUUCAGGUGGCAGUGGAGAGGAAAUUGCUUGUAAGGUUCCUCUACUUUCCAAAGAACAUACUGGUGAAGUCGCAUCAGACAACCGAAGUCAAGGCUGUUCAUUGGAAAUAUCUGAAUCUCCUCUUAACAAAGUUGUGGGACAUGAUCAAAUUUCUGAAAUAAAUAACAUUAAUCAAGAACUGGGUACAGAAAAUAUUAUUCCGGAAAAUAAUUCUGAUUCGCCAAUUGAUGGAAACCAGAGAGACAAAAUUAGCUCCAUUGAUGGAAACCAAUCAACUCCGGAGGAAUCGUCAGCAGACUUGCCUUGUUUAGAAGCAGUUCCUUCUUCCGACAAUGCUUGUUCUUUGCGGCAAAAUUCAGUACAUUUGGAUGAAUGUUCCAGGUCUUCAGGAGAUAAUGGAACACAUGAUAACAAUGUGCUACUUAGUGAAAACCAGAUUGGAAUACAAACUGAACUUGUUUCUGGACGGACUAUAAACAACACUUCUGAAGCAAUGUUAGCUGACAGUUGUGAGCAACAUCGUACAGUAGGUGAUGGCAUUCCCGUUGCUACUCCCAUUGCCACUCACCAUACUCACAGAGAGAGUGCAUCUCAAACCCAUGUUGAAAGAAACUUUAUUCCAAUCCCUGGAUCCUCCCCCCAUGCAGCAGAACCUUUACAUCAAGCUGUUUCUCCAGCUGGAAAAAAUCUGGUGCCUCGUGCAUCUGUUGUCUCAGACAUAAGUGUUACCUGCAAUCAAUCAAUCUUACCAGCAGUCAGCAGAGUGCAUCCUCAAUCUAUUACUGAUCUUCGUGCAUCUUCUCAGAAUACUGAAACGGCGUUUCAAGUGGCUCAGAGUUCCGCUGAGCUUCCUAGUCAAGCAGUCUCUCAACAUAACGUUAAUGUUGCCUUUUUUCAAGGAUCUAGCAAUAUGCCAGUGCAUCCUGCCCAUCAGAUGGCCACUUUGAAUUCAGCUCUUCCUUUCCAUUCUGACCCCCUUCAUAUAAUAUGGGAAAGGGAACAUAAAGAAAGAGAACAAGUGACAAAAGGCCACGAGGAUAUGAAAUUGCAUCUGAGAGCUGAGUGCGAGAAGGAGAUAGAGGUUGUUGCUGCACCAAUUCGUAAGAAAUAUGAUUUAAAGCUUCAGGAGGCUGAGGCAGCAUAUCUUUUGAAGAAGAAUGAGCUUGAUAUGAAUCAGAAAAUAGUUCUCAUGAAUAAGGCUCUGGCUAAUGCUUUCAGAUUUAAAUGCAUAGAUCUUGAAAUUACUGCGCCUCCAGUUGUGCAGCAAGUUGUGCCUCCGGCUUAUAUGCAGCAUCAGGUAUGGCGGCAGCAUAGUUUGAGGUCUUCUCCUAUGACUGGUUCAUCUUCUGCCAGCGAGCAAGCUUCAGCCCGAGCUUGUUUAAGAUCUUCCCCAAUCAGUGGUUUGUCUUCAGCUCGCCUACCUGUGGGGGGCCAGCAGACUUCUGUCCCAUAUUCACCAGUUGCUGAUUAUUCAAUACAUUCUGGGGGAACCUCUCGGCCUACAUUAAGAUCUCCACCUGCAGCUGAUCAGCAGAGUGCUGCUUUUAGUCAUUCAACAAGAGCUCCUACCGGAAUUGUAAGCAGGCCGCCUCUCAUUAGCAUAAUCAACCCUUCCAGGGGUAAUCCUCGAUUAGGUGGCGAGAUUCGUGCUCCAGCCCCUCAUCUUCAGCCUUUCAGGGUACCUACAUCAACCCUUGUUAGCAGCUCAUCGAUCCUUCCAAAUGGUGUGCAAGGUCAUCCACGACCUGUUAAGGUGGCUGCAUCAUCUUCUUCACAUCCACAACUUUCAUCUCUACGAUCAACAUCACUCCCGUUGCAAGUUUUGCAAGAUGAAAUACAGCCACCCAUAGUGCCACAAUUAGCUGUAGAUCUUUCUAAUUCUGGGAGUACAUCAUUGGACCAUGGACUUGGAGGAAUGCCUGCUAUACAGAAUGCAUAUCUCUCUGCACGGGAAUUGCUUCUAGACAUGGAGAAUCGAUCUCGUGCAAACAGACCUAAUUUUAUGCUACCUUUAUCAGAUAGCUGUAACAUUGAUUCAGUAGACCUAUCUGACUUUCAUUCACUGGGCAGUGUACAGGGAGGUUCUUCCUCUGCAGGGGAAGCUACUAAUCGGGUGCCAGUGAGAAAAAGCCAGAAGCUGGGGAGAAGCCAGAAGAUAACGGACAAGAUUGCAGUGCUGCAAAAGCUAGUUUCUCCAACUGGCAAGGCUGACGCAGCUUCUGUCCUCCAUGAGGCUUACAACUCUAUCAAGGCUCUUCAAGAUCAGAUUCAGAACUUGUGUAAUAUGGAAAGCACUUCUCACAACCACAGUGAUUCCCUUUUUCACGCACAGAAUAGCAGGGGGGAACAAAUUGAUGUACAAAGCAAAGGUAUUUGUUUGGUUCCACUUCCAGUGUCACUUAUGCAGAAACUAACAGACGAAGACGUCUUCAGCGAAAACAUGCAGUCAUGAAUGAUAUUGUACAGUGAGAAGUAAGAAAAGCUGUUUAUAGUUUUGUUAAUGAAGUAAUCAACUAAUCAUCUUAGUUUCAAUAGAGGAAAUAACCCAUUUUCUUUUUGUUUUUUCCUCUCUCGUAAUACUUGAGGAAAUGAUAUCAUGAUGCUGCCUUGUGAUAUUCUUUCCUCAAUUUUACUAACUUUAUAGGCCAACUUUCGCGCUUGGUAUGAUGGCAGUCAUUGUUUUGGAGUAUGUUUUCACGAAAAAGUUAUUUUAUGGUUUGAUUA